AUGUAUUCCCGGCUGGCUCGCUCAGCCGCUCCCCGGGUGCUACGAGGAGCUCCUAGCCGACUUUAUAACCCUAUGCGAAUGCUCAGCGCGUCGGCAACAUCAAAUGCUUCAACACCCCCAUUCACCGAACGGCCCGCCAAAGACGUCUCGCAAACGACGUACAAAUCCAUCUCGACGGACCUACACACCUACGGCGCCUACCUCUUGUCCUGUCUCCCAAAAUAUGUUCAGCAAUUCAGUGUCGUGCGAGACGAAUUGACGCUCUACGUCGCACCGUCUGCCCUCAAGCCGACGCUGCUGUUUUUGCGUGACCACACGAAUUGCCAGUACAAGUCGCUCGUGGACAUUUCGGGCGUGGAUUACCCAACGCGCGAAAAGAGGUUCGAGGUUGUCUAUCAUUUAUUGUCCGUGCGCUUUGCCAGUCGGAUUCGUGUCAAGACAUAUGCAGACGAGACGAGCGGUGUACCGUCUGUUACGGAUAUGUUUAAUAGUGCGAAUUGGUACGAGCGCGAAGUCUGGGAUCUUUAUGGCGUUUGGUUCGUCGACCAUCCCGACCUCCGACGAAUAUUGACCGAUUACGGCUUCGAGGGUCAUCCACUACGAAAGGAUUUCCCUUUGACGGGCUAUACAGAAGUGCGCUACUCGGAGGAGCACAAGCGCGUCGUGUAUGAGCCUCUGCAACUUACUCAGGCGUUCAGAAACUUUGAGUCGACCUCUCCAUGGGAAAUGGUCGGCGAUGGGAAACCAAUUGAACGACCGGAGCAGCUCAAGGUCCCGCCACCACCAGAGCCAAAGAAGGAAGAGGUCAAGAAGUAA